AUGGUGGAGGAGCCGGCAACAACAACGCGUUCGGGACGCGUGAUAACACCCACAACAAGGGCCCGAGAGGCCGCGGGCAGCGACAACAUCAGCGCUGUUAGAACGUCCAAGAAAUCAAUGACCCAAGUGGAAUUAACAGCGGUAAAGAAAGCCGCUGGCCUUAUUGAGGAGAAACAGAACGGUAAAGACGGAAACAGGGACAUGCUUAAAAAGAUAGGCCAGUACCUGGAAAGCACCUAUCAAGAGGUCAAAGGACUGAAAGAAGUCCUUAUUAAACAAGAGAGGAUGAUUAAAGAACAGUCCGAAAUGAUCCGGGGGCAGAGCAGCAUAAUUAAAGCACUACAGACCCAGGUGGAAGCUAUCCAAAACCAGUCUGCAGACGAAUGCAAGCACAUCCGGGAACAGCUAGACACUAUCGCAAAUGCCCCAGUCAAGGAAACAUAUGCAGCUGCAUUAGGCAGCCAACCUGGUCACCAGCAGGAUGCGCCAUUAGGACCUCCAGUGCCACCUACGUUUGCCAAUACAUUAUUUUGUACAAUCGACACAUCCCGCGUGGGAGAAGAUGACAAAGUCAAGGCUCAGAUAGCUAAUGUUAGGCAGCUGAUUGAGAAAGAGAUACAGGGGAAUGAGGAAAUAAGGAACUGGCGAUGUGCAGCAGUGGUUAAAGACGCAAAGAAUGCCGACCGAAUCAAAGUCGUUUGCAGACACGAGGAUGAGAUCCAGCUUGUCAAGGAGGCAGCUCAAAAGCUAAAGAUACCAGGAUUGAGAGUACUACGAGACCAGCUUUACCCGGUCAAAAUUGAUAAUGCGAACCGGAAGGCAGUCCUGGAUGCAGAUGGGAACAUCCUACCAGGGGCAGCCGAGGCCCUGGGAAAAGAAAAUAAUAUCAACAUUGCGAAGAUCUCCUGGCUCAGUAAAAAGGACUCCAACAAAGCAUAUAGAUCUAUGGUGGUAUAUGUCACAAAAGGCACCGAUGCCAAGCGCUUAAUAGAUGGCAACUACUUCGAUAUAGUAGGAGAAUCUGCAUACACUCGAAUCUUUGAACCACAGAUGGGACCUGCUCAAUGUUUUAACUGUCAGGAGAUAGGGCAUAAGGCCUUUUCUUGUAAAAAGACUCAGACCUGUGCUAAAUAUGCAAAUAAGGGACAUCACCACAGCACCUGCCAGGCUGUAAUUCCGAAAUGUGUUCCUUGCGGAGGACCACACGAAUCAUUUAGCAAAAACUGUCGAGUACGCCUUAUGCAAUCUCAUGCAUAA